AGGAUGCCUGUGAAGUGGAUGUCAGUUCUGCUGCUCCUGCAGAUGAGUUGUUACUUGAAACCUGGGAAUUGUGGGAAGGUGUUGGUAUGGCCGAUGGAAUUCAGUCAUUGGAUGAAUCUGAAGAUAAUACUGGAUGAACUUGCACAGAGGGGUCAUGAAGUGACAGUUCUGAGACCCUCAUCUUCCAUCUUUCUUGAUCCCCUAAAAUCACCUAGCCUGAAGUUUGAAACUUUUCCUACAUCUAUUAGUAAAGAUGAUCUGGAAAUUUUUUAUACACAGUGGGUCAUUGGCUGGAUGAAUGAAGUACCACGAGAUACAUGCCUGAGAUAUUUUCCAUCGCUGGAUGAAGUGUAUAGGCAAUAUUCUGAUCUGUGGCUAAAUCUGUGUAAAGAAGCUGUUUUGAACAAACAGCUUCUGACAAAACUGCAUGAAUCAAAGUUUGAUGUCCUUCUUUCAGAUCCACACGGUCCCUGUGGUGAGCUGAUAGCUGAAAUACUCCAAAUACCCUUUGUGUACAGCAUUCGCUAUUUUCCUGGCUAUGCAAUAGAAAAGACUAGUGGGGGACUUCUUUUCCCUCCCUCUUAUGUACCUAUUAUUUUGUCAGGAUUAAGUGGUCAAAUGACAUUUAUGGAGAGGGUGGAAAAUAUGAUGUGCAUGCUUUAUUUUGACUUUUGGUUCCAGCCAUUUAAUGAACAGAAAUGGGGUCUGUUUUACACUGAAAUUUUGGGAAGACCUACUACGUUAGCUGCAAUGAUGAAGAAAACAGAGAUGUGGCUUAUUAGGUCUUACUGGGAUUUGGAGUUUCCUCGCCCUGUCUUACCAAAUGUUGUUUUUAUUGGUGGACAUCACUGCAAACCUGCCAAACCCUUGCCCAAGGAAAUAGAAGACUUUGUCCAGAGUUCUGGAGAACAUGGUAUUGUGGUGUUUUCUCUGGGGUCAAUGGUCAGUAACAUGACAGAAGAAAAGGCCAUGGCAAUUGCAUCAGCCCUUGCACAAAUUCCACAAAAGGUUCUAUGGAGAUUUGAGGGCAAGAAACCAAAAAAUUUAGGACCAAAUACUCAUGUGUACAAGUGGAUCCCCCAGAACGACCUUCUGGGUCAUCCCAAAACCAAAGCUUUUGUAACUCAUGGUGGAGCCAAUGGGGUCUAUGAGGCGAUCCAUCAUGGGAUCCCCAUGGUUGGCAUCCCUUUAUUUGGGGAACAACGUGAUAACGUUGCUCACAUGAAAGCCAAAGGAGCGGCUGUUGGGUUGGAAUUCAGCACGAUGUCCAGUUCAGAUUUGCAUAAUGCACUGAAGGCAGUCAUUAACAAUCCUGUCUAUAAAGAGAAAGCUAUGUGGUUAUCAACCAUUCACCAUGACCAGCCUAUGAAGCCCCUGGACAGAGCAGUCUUCUGGAUUGAGUUUGUCAUACGCAACAAAGGAGCCAAGCACCUGAAGCCACUUGCCUUUAACCUCACCUGGUACCAGUACCACUCUCUAGAUGUGGUUGGAUUCCUACUCGCCUGUGUGGCAGCCAUGGCUUUCCUUGUUGUAAAAUGUUGCUUGAUUGUUUACCGAUUGUUUGUAAAGACAGGAAAGAAAAAAAGAGAAUAG